UCCCCAAAACCCACAAUUUCACAUCUGCAAACACUGUCUUCAUCCACUUGACUCCUAAGACCCGCCCACACGUGGCCAACCUUUCGCGUUUUUUAAUGCUUUUUCACUGCAGGUUCAUGUGUUGAGACCAACCUUAUAUGGACUGAUCAGGACAAGGUAAUGGCUUAUUUCCCUCUAGCACCCAGCAGUAGCACAGUAUCCAUGAGCCGCAUAUAGCACUUCAGCCACUUUGGCAUCCUUCCUGGACUUACAGAGACCGAAUCCACUGCUUCUUGCUUUGCUCAUAGGCGAUGGUUAUCCACAGAGGCUGUUUUGACUGUACUUCAGCGUAGAGCGAUACUUACUCAUCCAAAUUUUUUUUCUCUGCUUUUUUCUCUCCUUAUUAGUUUUUUUUUCUAUUCUCACAACAGCGGAUUGUUACGAAAAAAAGCUGCUGCAAGCAACUUUUCCUUGCAUAUUUCCCCCCCUACCAGAAUAUGUCGUUGACCAACACAAAGACGGGCUUUUCUGUAAAGGACAUUUUGGACCUUCCUGACACGAAUGACGAGGACGGAUCUAUCACCGGAGCGGAAGAAGACACGGAGGGAUCAGAGACCGCAUCCACGACGAAAAACGGUGGAGUUUUGGUGCAAAGUCCUCUAGAAAAUGUUCAAAAUCUACCUUUAAAGAACCCCUUUUAUGACAGUACUGACAAUCCCUACACACGAUGGCUUGCUACUACGGACAGUAUUCAAUAUUCAUUGUUUCUCCCGUUUCUUGUCGCAGUGCACGGUUUGUCCGCCAGCUCUCAGGACUCGGCCAAGUCUCCGGAGCCGUCUGCGGACGACGAAUCCCCCGACAACGACAAGGAGACGUCCAGCAGCGGCGGCAGCGACUCGGGCAAGAAGCGGAAAAGGAGGGUGCUGUUCUCCAAGGCGCAAACCUAUGAGUUGGAGCGCCGCUUCAGGCAACAGAGGUACCUGUCCGCCCCAGAGAGGGAGCACUUGGCCAGCCUCAUCCGUCUCACCCCGACCCAGGUGAAGAUCUGGUUCCAGAACCACCGGUAUAAGAUGAAGAGAGCCCGGGCCGAGAAAGGUAUGGAAGUGACCCAUCUCCCUUCUCCUCGGCGGGUGGCCGUGCCCGUCUUAGUCAGGGAUGGGAAGCCUUGUCACACUCUUAAAGCUCAGGACUUGGCGGCCACUUUUCAGGCCGGGAUUCCCUUCUCGGCGUAUAGCGCUCAGUCGCUCCAACACAUGCAGUAUAACGCGCAGUACGGCGCCGCGGCCACGCCGCAGUUCCCCACAGCACAUCACUUGGUGCAAACGCAACAGUGGACUUGGUGAGAAAAAUUAUAGAGACUUGGUUUGGAGGGUGGGCUGUAGGGUGUUUCACCGCAAAGAAAGAAGGAAAGAAAGAAAGAAAAAAGAAAAAACAAAAAAGACUUUUCAUUUUUGCAGCUUGACUCAUAUAUAUACUACUACCAUUUUUAUUCGGGGCUCAUGUGUGCGCCGUGUUUACAUGUUUUCGUUAAGAGAACUGGGUCCAAACCUCUCCCUUAUAGAUUUUAUUAAGAAAUGUCAAUGCUCUUCUUGUGACAUAUUUUUUUUUUGUAAAGUAUGUUGUGUGUUGGUUGUAGAGAUGUUUUACUUUUAAUUUUUUUAUUUCCCCCCACCCCUUUUGUCCCUUCGUGUUAUCAGCACGUGCGAACCACUUUAUAAUUAUAGAAAAUUUUUAAUUUCUUGCUUCUUUUAUGGACCGAAAAAAAAUAUUUAUGGCCAUGAAUAAAAACUGGCAAGUUUUCAGCCUUUUUUGUUUUUCUUCCUUGUAAAUAUUUGCAGUCAGGUGGCGCAUUUGGAUGCAGCACGGGAUUUAAAUUUCCAAAUUUAUUUUUUUGCGAACAUGCUGUGAGAUGUGUAAAAUAAUCCGUGCUGACGCCGCAGUUAAAAAUGGACAAAUAUCUUCAUUUUUAAAGUAAUAACUUUUAAAUAAAAUAUGACUGAAAUGAGGCUUUGUUUUGAUAAGUGUCCCGUCGAUUUCAUUGCUAGAAGGGCGGAGAGAGCCAAAUACUAGCUUGUGGCGCAGAAUGGGAAUAAAUCUCCAGCGCACUUCAACUCUUUUUUCCCCAUUUAGUCACAUUUAAUCCGAGGAAUAUUUUUCUCUGUCCGAACACCUCGCCCAUAAAGAGCCUAAAGUCACUUGUGAAAUGGGACUAAAAUCCACUCACUUAAUAUAAGUGGGCUUCUCCACACAAGAAGCUUUUGAGUCAAAAGCACUCCUUUUUGUCAGCACCCCCGGCCUUGGCUAUAGAGUGGCAUACAGCGGAGGGAAAGCAAUUAUUUAAUGCAAUAAAUGUUUUGUUAUCUUAUUAAGUGCUAAAUUGCAAACAGAGCUGGUUCAAUCAGUGUGCUGUCUUGGUUUAACAACUAAAAUUUGGGGUUUAAUCCUGUGAUAAAGUUGUUUUUUCCCCCCCCACACGAUCGUUUUCACGCAUUAGAUUUCACACUUGACAUUAGAACAUAUUCUAGACUUGCAGACGGUGUUUUCUUUGCUGUGGGAAUCGCAAAUGGGUAACUGCGAAGCACACUGUGGAUUAUCAGACUCCGCUCAAUAUCUUGGGUAAAUAUGAUAACCCCCAGUAGAAAAAUCUAUGCAUUUUGUUGUUUGUCCCGGGACAAAAUUCUAACCAGCAGAUGUUAGGCUCGCCCCUAUCAUCACCGAACAAACAGCUAAAUUAGGCCAGAUUUGCUAAUUAUUUACAGAAUCCAGUCUCAGGGGGGGCUACUGCUUUUGUGAAAGAAGGGGUGUGCGGGGCGAACUCAAAAGGCUUUUCUGUUUCAACACUGGUUGAGCUUGUAGGUCAAACAAAUAAACACAUUUAUGAGAUGUUUUAUUAUUACUCAAAAAAUAGUGAUAAUAAUUAAUUAAACAAACAAGUUAUUGUAAAAUGUACAUUUUCACGGUGCGCAUUUAUUAGAAGUGCUAUCCAAAGAUUUUUAGGGAGAAGGAAAAAAAAACUGAUUAAAGAUGCUCGUACAAAAUGGAUGUAAUCUCUUUUU